AUGUCCGAAGUGGAAUCUGUUUUGUGCGCGAUUUGCUCGAAACCGGAGAAGGAUCCCAGCAAAGUGAUCGAAUGUUUGUACUGCUACAAGUCUGAGCAUUUCAAGUGUCGGAACUUGGCAGGCGAAGCCAUCCGUAAGCUUCGCAAACAACCGUUUUACUGCUCGCUGGAAUGCCGGAACUUACAUGCAGCUACAUCGAAAAGCAACGACGAGGAGUCCCGUGUGCUUAAAGAGCUACGUACUGUGCUGACUGAGAUUCGCGAAACAAAAUCCGAACUUACCGAAGUGCGAAAUACGGUCAAAGAGAUUGAAAAGUCGCAGGAUUUCGUCUCUACCAAACUGGAUGGUAUUUUGUCUGAAAUACAGGAGCUGAAAGUGAAUCAAAACAAAAUGAAAAAGGAUGUCUUUACUCUGCAAAGUGACCAGCGAAAAAUUGAAGAAACUGUGUCUAACCUGGAGCUGGAAGUCGAUCGGAUUAAUCGUUUGGCAUUAUCGACGAACGCAGUAAUUUUGGGUGUUCCUUUUAAAGCAAACGAAAAUCUUAAUCAAUUAGUUGGACUGAUUGCUAGCGCUGUUGGUUACGAUCUCCCCCCCAAUGCUAUGACGGACUGUAAGCGUUUGAUUUCAAAGGAAAAUGCAGACAACGGAAAAAACAAAACCAUCCCGAUCCGCGUUGUUUUUGCAAGUGAGAAAUUGAAGGAAGAACUGUUUGAGAAGAAAAAGGCUCACGGGCAAUUAUUGUUAUCGGCGAUAGGUUACGAAUCCACAAUAGCCAGGAAAAUCAUCUUGCGGGACGACCUAACAUCCUAUGGAAUCAACCUGCUCAAGACAGCUCGUGAAAAACAAGCUGAAGUUGAUUUCAAAUACAUUUGGCCUGGUCGAAACGGAGUCAUCCUUGCUAAGAAAUCCGAUGGAUCCAAAAUUGAGGUCGUGCGAUGCCAGAAUGAUCUCUCAAAAUUGGAACGUUCUACUAACAAACGGCAACUGGACAUUUCUAGUGGCUCAUCCGGAUCACCAUCAACUCCUCAUGGCUAUCCGGCAGCAAAGCGUUAA